AUGAGAGGAGCUCUCUCCUCUCUCCUGGAAUUCUGCUGCAUCGUCGGCUGCUUUCUCUACGCUGCCUUCACGGUGGUGCUGGAAGUAUCCAUUGCUAAUCAAAGCAAGGCGAGUGGCUCCCUGGCUGCGCAAAGCGCAUCUGGUGUGAUUGAAGACAAAACCGUAGGGCGGCCUCUUCUUCUUGCCGAGGUCCCUGAUCCAACAGCUGCCCGUGUAGCGGUGACCUGCAAAAAAAGACGACGAGCUACCGCUGAUCAUGACUCAGUCGUCCCCGUCUUUAAGCGACGAUGUCGCCCAAAAGUUGUCUUGUGA